CAAAAAUAACCGAAGCACUACACUAUUUUCACUUCUUUACUUCCUUUAUUCUCCAAUAUUCUUUUAUUGGUAAAAUAUUUUUAACAUUUAUAUAUUUUUUUUGGAACUUUUUUGCUUCGCAUCUUUUCGUCCUCCUCCAUAUCUGUCCAUUGAAGGUGUUGGUGCUGUGAACAUCUUCUUCAUCAUCCAUCAUCUUCGUUGCCACCCUAUCUUCUUCACCUUCCUUCACUAUUCCAAUGGGUUUUCCGGCGGCUUCGUCGCUGAAUCAAACGAAAAACCCCAAAAAAGAAUGGAGGAAUCAAACGUAAAACCCUUAAAAAAAAAGGAAAAAUUAGGGCAUGGUAAAUCCUUUAGGGCAGGGUUUGUCUUCCUCCUCCAGUGGAGAUGUUGGUGCGUUUCGAUUUCUCGAUUAUACGAAUAUUGAUUUCCAUUGAUGGAGGUGAGAAAAUGAAGGAAGAAGAAGAACAGAGGGAGGAAAAGAAGGCAGAUUAAGCUCAAUUUACAAUUUAACCCUACGUACACACUCAAAAUGAGACAAAUUCCCCUUUGAGAUACUUGUUAUGUUUAUCAAUAUGAGAAACAUUUUUUUUUUUUUUUGUUUUUUUGUUUUUAUUUAUUUUUUAGUUUACGGGGAGAAACAUGAAUUUACCCCUAAAAUACUUUCAUUAAAAAAAAAAAAGUUUGACAAAACAAUUUGUUCAAAUUUAUUCCAAAAAAAAAAAAAAAAAACAUUUGUUCAAAUUUCUUAAAUAAAAAAAUAAAAAUAAAAAUAAAAAAAGUCCGACAAAACAAAAAGAAAAACGAAGCAGGCCAAUCAAAGCCAAAAUAGUGAAAUACACCCAAAAUAAUUAGUUGCUUGACUUGAACAAACACACUCAAAAAUAUUUCAAUCCCCCAAAAUUUCUCAAAAUUCAAAUCUUCCAAUUUUCCUCUUUUAUUAAUUUUUCAAUCUUUCCUUUAUCAUUUUCCAACCCCGAUUCUCCUUCAAUAGAAUGUUCGCCAAACGCUUGUUACAGAAAGCCACUCAUCAUCAUCAUCAUAAUCAGCAGGAUUUACCACAUGGAAAUCUUAAGCCGACGGACUUGGAUCCGCAUAUUCGAAUUCACUUUGGUAUUCCUAGUACUGCAUCAAUUCUGGCUAUUGAUCCAAUUCAACAGUUGUUGGCUGUUGGAACACUUGAUGGUAGGAUAAAAGUGAUUGGAGGAUAUAAUAUCGAAGCUCUCCUUAUAUCUCCACGAGAGAUGCCUUACAAAAAUUUGGAGUUUAUGCAAAACCAAGGCUAUUUGGUUGGCAUCUUGAACGAUAAUGAAAUUCAGGUUUGGAAUUUGGAGAGCAGGUGCAUUACAUGUAGUUUGCAAUGGGAGUCUAAUAUCACAGCUUUUUCCGUAAUUUCAGGUUCCCCAUUCAUGUUUGUCGGGGACGAGCAUGGUAUGGUGUCUGUGGUGCAGUACGGUACCGAAGAUGAAAAACUUGUAAAUAUGCCGUAUCAUAUUUCCCCUGUUUAUAUCUCUGAAAAGACUGGCAUCUCAUUCCCUAAUGAUCAAUCUGUUGUUGGAGUUCUCCCUCAACCUUCUAGCUCUGGCAACAGAUUACUGAUUGCCUAUCAGUAUGGGUUAUUUGUAUUAUGGGAUGUUCUUGAAUCUAAGGUUAUAGUCUUGAAAGGUGACAAUGAUUUGCGUAUAAAAGAUCAUUUAUCUGAAUCUCCAAGUAACUUAGCCGUGGAUCCACUAGAAGAUGCACAUGAACAUAUGAACGAGAAAGAAAUUAGUGCUCUCUGUUGGGCAUCUUCAGUUGGCUCAAUGCUUGCUGUAGGAUAUAUUGAUGGAGACAUUUUGCUAUGGAACAUACCAAGAGGUUCUUUCUUGAAAAGUAAAAGUGCUGGUGUAUCAUGUGAUGAUGUUGUGAAGCUUCAGUUAUCCUCAGCUGAAAAGAGACUUCCUGUCAUUUUUUUGUGCUGGGGUGAAAGCAGUAUAUCUCAAAGCAGCUGUGGUGGCCAACUUUUUGUGUAUGGUGGCUGUGAAAUAGGAUCUGAAGAAGUUAUAACGGUAGUGAGUCUUCAAUGGUCUCUUGGCAUGGAGAUGCUAAAAAGUGUUCGUCGUGUGGACUUUUCCCUCAUUGGGGCCUUUGCGGAUAUGGUUACAUCAUCAUCUCUAGAGACAACAGUGAAGAGCAACUUUGAUGGCCUUUUUGUAUUGACUAGGCCGGGCAAGUUGCAGUUUUAUUGUAUGGAGAAUUUGUCUGCUUUACUUUCUCAGUCAGAGAAAAAAUCAUCUGUAUCUGGUACAGAGUCGCCUGUGGUAAUACCCAUUUCUGAUCCUCUAAUGACCGUUGCAAAAAUGAGCUUGCAACCUUCUGAUGGGAAUUUGGCAAAGUGGCUUUCAGAGAUGGCUACAGUUUCUUCGAAUGUAGCUGAAGGGAGUAAGUGGCCAUUGACUGGGGGUUUACAAAGGGAAAUAACCUCUGAUGAAGAAGAUGCACAGAAAAUUAUCUACAUAAUUGGCUACCAAGAUGGAUCUGUCCGAAUUUGGGAUGCCACUACUCCGAUAUUUCCACUCGUUUCCGUUAUAGAAGGUCAGGUGCAUGGUGUAGCUAAUGCUAGUUCAAAUGUUUCUGUUACGAAGAUAGAUUUUUGCGCAUCAAUGAUGAAUUUGGCUGUUGGCACUCACUGUGGUGAGGUCCGUGUAUACAGUCUCAAUAAUGAAGCUGGGGCAACAAAACUUCACUGGAUUAAUCAUUCUGAACGUAUUGUCUAUGAUGUACCAUUACAGAAGGGCCCUCAAUGCAGAGCUGUUUUCUCUUUGGUGAAUUCUUCAGUGCAGGCACUUCAUUUUUCUGCUUCUGGAGCCAAACUUGCUGUGGGAUUUGAAAGUAGUCAUGUAGCAGCUCUUGAUAUGAUCUCGCUGUCAGUUUUGUUUUCAACAGAUUCUGUAGCCAACUCUAGUUUUCCAGUAAUUUCAUUUAUUUCAAAAGAAUUUUCAGAUGCUCAUGGCUAUAGCAGAGGCCCAAAGCAUUUAGGGACAAAGAAUAUGGAACAGCCUGGAGAAGAGUUGUUUACCGUAACCGAGGAUGCAAAAAUUAGUGUUGUUGAUUGUCAGACUGGCAGUCCUAUCAGCUCCCGGCCUUUGCAUUUGAAGGAGCAUACAGCAGUCAGUAUGUAUGUCUUAGAAGGCAGUUGUUUCAUGUCUGCAUCAUCAUCGGAGCACCAUGAUCAGUCAAAUAAGGAAACCAAUAUCGUGGAUGAGUCUAAGCAAGAUACUUCUUCAAAAAGAGGUGACUUGAAAGACACUGGAGCUGGACAUCUCUCCAUGCAUGGAGAAAGGUUGCUGGAUUCUCUACUAUUGCUUUGCUGUGAAAACACAUUACGUUUAUAUUAUACCAAAUCCAUACUGCAGGGCGAAGACAAACCAAUUUCUAAGGUGAAACUUGCAAAACCAUGUUCUUGGACUUCUAUUUUCAAAAAAGAUGACAAGGUUGUUGGUCUAAUCUUGGUCUAUCAGUCUGGGGACCUUGAAGUCAGGUCGUUUCCUGAUUUGGAGCUGCUCACAGAAAGCUCCUUAAUUUCAAUUCUAAGGUGGAAUAUGAGGCCGAAUAUGAAGCUGGCAAGUUGUACAGACCAUGGACUAAUUUGUCUGGCAAAUGGAAGUGAGUUGGCAUUCCUCUCUUUGUCUACUUCUGAAUUUGAGACAAGGUUUUUGGAGUUUUUGCCUUUACUUCAUGAUAAAGUUGUGGCUGCUGCUGCUGAUGCAGCUAUUUCCAUCUCGAUGAAACAAAAGAAACAGGCUCCUCCUACAGGCAUCAUUGGUGACAUUGUGAAGGGCUUUAAAAAGGAAAAACCAAAUAAUGCUAAAGACAAUCCUCCUGGUAACUUGUAUAAGUUACAGGAAGCUUUUUCAAGGCCUGUUGUUCCUGAUUCAUCUAUAAACACUGUAGAAGAAAAGGAAGAGGAGGAGCUUGACAUAGAUGACAUUGAAAUUGAUGAACCAGUUAUGGAGUCUUCAACUUCAUCCCACCAAGCAAAGGAAAAAACAACGAAGGCAGAGAAAGACAGAUUGUUUGAGGGUGCUUCUGUUAACCUUAAACCCAGAACUAGAACACCUGAAGAAAUUAUGGCCGCAUAUAAGGGAACUGAGUAUGCAUCUGCAGCAGCUGAACGUGCAAGAAACAAGCUUUUAGAACGCCAGGAGAAACUUGAGAGAAUCAACCAAAGAUCUGAAGAUCUGCGUUAUGAAGCUGAAAAUUUUGCAUCGAUGGCUAAUGAGCUUGUGAAGACAAUGGAAAGUAGGAAAAAGAAAUGGUGGAAGAUAUAAAGUUGAAACACCAACCCUAUUUAUAUGCUUUAUUUUUUCACUGCGGUGUGAUGUUUAGUCUGUGGACUGCAAGAGGAUAUUUGGACUGAUGAAGCAAUCUGUGGAUUGCAAGAGGAUACUUGGAAGGAUGAAACCGCAAAUUCAGAACCUUGUAACUUAUAAUUGCGUGAGGUAGAUGUUUGUACAGGUUUCCAUUAUGUUUGGAUUGGUUCCAAACAAGUGUACAAUUAUUGUAUACAGUGUCCAUUUUUGCAGAUAUGUAUAAUGCCAUUUUUUAUUUGAAGUUUGGGAUGAGGAAGUAGUGAAAGGUCACUCGAGUUUGAUGUAAACUUUUUCUCUGUUCAUGAGCAUUAAGCUCGAAUCUUUGAUAUCUAUACGAGCAAAGUAACACAAUCCAUGAAAUUUCUGGGAA